GUCCGAAUUCGAACAGUUUCAACACUCCACGACCGGACAGCCCCCAUUUUUCUCCUGCAUCAAAAUGGAGGGAAACCAAACCCAUAAACCCUAAAAAUGGGCAUACUCUCUCCUCCUCCUCCUCCUCCUCCUCCUCCUCGUCCCACUGUCUGCAAAACAUAUACUUGUACUACGAACAUUGGGUAACAGAUUCUCACAAAAUUUCCUCCUUUUUCUGUGUCCCUUUUCCCUUUUUCGGUUCCUCGGGUGCAGGGCUUGAGGCUUCCACUCUAUUGGCCGAUGGCGAGGCUUCUUCGGAACGCUUCUGCUCUCAAAGGCUCUCUACUAACAAUGGAGGGUUAUAGGACAGGGAUAUUGGGGGCAUCCUCCAAGUUUUGCUACUUUUCUUCUAAAGGCAGACGGAAGUCUAAGUCCGAUGAAAGUGACUCUAAUGAAGAGAAAAUGUCCAAGAAAGAGCUGGCCCUACAUCAUGCCUUGGAUCAAAUUAUUACGUCAUUUGGCAAGGGAUCUAUCAUGUGGCUUGGCCGGUCUGUCUCUCCUAGGAAUGUUCCAGUGGUUUCUACAGGAUCUUUUGCUUUGGAUUUGGCACUGGGAAUUGGUGGACUUCCAAAGGGACGUGUUGUGGAGAUAUAUGGUCCUGAGGCUUCUGGGAAGACAACUCUUGCUCUACAUGUAAUUGCUGAAGCACAGAAGCAAGGAGGUUGUUGUGUUUUUGUUGAUGCUGAGCAUGCUCUUGAUCCAGCAUUGGCAGAGGCUAUUGGGGUAAAUACUGGAAAUUUGCUUCUCUCACAACCUGAUUGUGGUGAACAAGCUCUUAGUCUUGUGGACACUCUUAUCCGAAGUGGUUCCGUUGAUGUGGUGGUGGUGGAUAGCGUAGCUGCCCUUGUGCCUAAAAGUGAAUUGGAUGGUGAGAUGGGUGAUGCUCACAUGGCUAUGCAGGCUAGACUGAUGAGCCAGGCUCUUCGCAAGUUGAGCCACUCUUUAUCUCUAUCACAAACUAUUUUGAUCUUUAUAAACCAGGUAAGGGCAAAGCUUUCUACUUUCGGAUUUGGUGGGCCUACUGAAGUUACUUGUGGUGGUAAUGCCUUGAAGUUUUAUGCUUCAGUGCGCCUAAAUAUCAAGAGAAUAGGGCUUGUCAAGAAAGGAGAUGAGACCCUUGGAAGUCAAGUUAUUGUGAAGAUUGUGAAGAACAAGCACGCCCCUCCAUUUAAAACUGCACAAUUUGAGCUUGAAUUUGGCAAGGGGAUAUGUCGUGAAUCAGAGAUCAUUGAGUUGGCUCUUAAACACAAGUUUAUCAAUAAGGUGGGAGGUGCAAUUUACAGUCUAAAUGAUCAGAGCUUCCGAGGCAAGGAUGCUAUCAAAGAUUACCUGCAUGGGAAUGAAAGUGCCCUGGAAGAACUUAUGAGGAAGCUCAGAGAGAAGCUACUGGGUGGCAAGACAGACGAGGAAAGGGAAUUAGAAGCAGGUCCUGCAGUUGGAGAUGCAGAAGAGGUGAUUGUAUCGCCUGAUGCAACAGAUGAAGAAGCAGUAGCUGCAAUUGAGGCAUGAGUGCACAAAAUGACCUUAAUAUGUGGUUGAUAUCCAUCUGUUCUGACACAAAUUUUCCUAGAUGAUGGGUUUCGAUGCAGUUGACUUCCUAGUCAGAUUGUGCAUCCAUGGGCUAUUUUAAUGGGUCCAAAUUGAUGGAGGCAUCAGAUGGGACUAUGUGCUCGCUUUCUGCAUGGAAGUCUUGUGGCAAAUCCCAAAUUAGAGCUGGGUAAUUAUAUUUAGCGCGAUCACAUGUGUUUUGGGGUGUAUACUGGAUGAAAAUUUUGUGGAUUUUAGGAGGAUCAAUUUAGGAAAAAGGGGUCCUUGUUCAAUUUUCUGAAGAUAAUUUCUACUGCUGAUUAUAAUAUGAUAAGCUGUGUUUUGUAUGUUAAUGAGAUACAUUCAUGUAUAUCUAUCCUAAUUUGUUGAAAGACUAAGCACUGGACUGCAGUAAAAAUCAAAGAAAAUGUGUUCAGAUGUA